CUGGUGCCUGGCUGCCUGGCGCCCUCCCUGCUGUGAUGCCCUGUGAGUGCUGAUCUUGGGCAGCUAUGCAGUUGCUGGGUUAUCCUGGUCGGUUCCGCCUGGUGUCUCAGCGCAGCCAAGCCACCAGGGGCCAACACCAGCCAUACAGCACACCCGCACACGGCGCGGCCACAGCAGCACAUGCCGUGCCGUGUGGGGGGCCUGCGUUUGGGCAUCACCGCCCACUGCCAGACUUGGCAGCGGACCGCACCCCUGCAGGUGGGGGCAACACUGCCAGCCCGUUCUUCAGCCCCGGGCUGCAGCUCCACCUUGCCCUGUCCACGCAUAGCCUGGCGCACGGCGUGCAGGACCUGACGACGCAGCCUCAGGGCCCCAGCCUGCCUACUUACCCAGUCCUUCUGGUGGGUGCCACCACGGGGCUCCCAGAGGGCGAGCAGCUGUCCUCAGCCGGCGUCCGGGAAGUGACCAGUGCUGCCCUGUCAGUGCUGGACACCAUGUGCCGGCAGGGCACCCAGCCGCAGCUCUUGCAGGGCCACUCUCUGCACAGCACAGGCCACCCCUCCCGCACGUUUGCGGGGCUGGCCUUCAGCCGGCGCGCGACCAGCGCCAGCAAAGCAGCCUUCACAGCGGAGCUCCUGCGCAAGUCGCCGCUGGCGGUACCGCUCCAGCGCGGUCAGGCUGUCCUCACGGUUCACGUGCCAGUGGACACCCGGCCCAUCAUUCCGGGCACCUACACCGUCACGGUCAAGAUGGUAGGGGGCCCUGUGUGGGGGGGGGCUUUCCGCGGUCGCACCGAUUUGGUGCUGCAGGCAGGUGGCUAUCCCACCACCUCAGACACCUCUAACCUGGCGUGUGCUUUUGUGGUCUCAGAGCAGUGCGCCAAAUCGGUGGGCCCCAAGGGGGAGCCCCAGGCCCCCGCAGGCCAGGGCAUCACCAACCACAUCUUUGCCUGUGUGCGGGGCCCAGUCUGGGACCCGCAGCUCUCUCACCUGCACUGUGCCAAGUUUGAGAUGCCCGGUGAGGAGCCCAUGCAGGUGGAGGUCCGUGGCGCCCCCCAGGCGGCUGGGGCGGCCACGACAGCUGCGGCAGGCAGCCCUGCUCCGGCUGCAGCCAGGGUCGCCGACCUGGGUGGCAACACCUUGGGUGUGGCGAGGCCUGCGGCUGCCAUGGCGACCGCAGCGGACAUCGUUGACCACGUGGGGGACGUGCAGAUGCAGGAGGCGGCGGGUUUGGGUGACGUGGCGGCUGCAGCUGGUGGCGCCAGCGGGCCACACAGCGGGGCCCCGCCCCCGCUGCCAGUUCUGGUGGCGGGGGGAAGCAACCGUUCUGCUGCGGCUGCCCUGCGGGCCGCGCUGCAGCAGCAGCCCUCUUCACAGCAGCGGGUGACAGCGGGAGGGCUUAGCAGGGUCCAGCCGGCGGCAGGCAGCCGCUGGGCAGGAUCAGGAGCAGACCGCUGUGAUGCAGCGAUACUUGGCCGAGCUGGCGGACCUCUCCAGCGGCAACGGCGGUUACAGCAACAGCAACAGCAGCAGCAGCAGCUGCAGCGCCAGGGGCAGUCGCCCAGGCCCCGGACCGGCUCCCAGGUUGUGGUCCUGGCCACGCUCGGGGGGCAGGACGGGGCGGGCGGUGGCCCUGGCGUGGCGGCGUCACGGCGUGGGCAACGUGUUGACAUAGUUGACCACGUGGGGGACGUGCAGAUGCAGGAGGCGGCGGGUGUGGGUGACGCAGGGGCUGCCGCUGGUGGCGCCAGCGGACCACCCGCCGUGGCCUCACCCUCGCUGCCACAUCUGCUUCUCACCGCACAGCUCAAGGCGGCUAAGCUGGAGCACUUUGUUGCCAUCUGGUCGGCGGGUGGCGCGCUUUGUGAAGUGGAGGAGGUUCAGGCUCUGGCUGGCGUCGCAGCGCCUGGGCGGCUGUGGGACUUCCUGCACAGCGCGUCUUGCAGCGGGCUGGAGCCCGCCUAGUCAGCGCCACAUCUGGCCCGUUUAGUUUUCUGCUUGUGUCUCCUCUGCCGGUUCUCCUGGGGUGUUGCUUAAGCAACCGACUUGUGGGGGUGGGGUGGGUUUGGGCGGGGCGAGUGCGUAGCGCUGGUGUUUCCUCUUCUGGCGCGCGGUGGUGGUGGUGCUUGCGGUUAGGCUGUGGUGUAGGCUGGUGCUUGGGUUAGGUCUGGCGGUGUUUUUGUGCAACCCCUCCCGGGGGGCGGGGGGGCCAGCCUUCUGCUCUGUCUGCCGGGUCGGGGUGGGGUGUGGUGGGAUGGAUGGGGGUGUUUGGUGGCGGUUCUCGAGGUGUUUGCUUUCUGUUUUUCUUCUCUUUUCUUCUCUUCUUGCCCUGUCAGGGUUCUGGUCUCGGGGACCAGGCUGCUUUCGGGCAGUAGGGGGGCAGCGCGUCUGCCCCUGUUCAACCUUGUAAGGAUGAUUCCUC